GUUACGGUAGCUAAUGAGAUAUGACGCUUUGUAGUAGGUUGCGAACAUCAACACAAACGGAUCAUCAUAAUUAUUUGUUUUAAUUUGAUCUUUGUUUUUUAUUUUUUGGUAUUUAUAUUAAUUUGAGAUUAACAUGACAGAAAUAUUUUCAUCUUUGUACGGUCAGAAUGACGCACAGGGCCCCCCCGGAUCCUCGGCUCUUGGCUUUGGUCCGGGGAAGCCACCACCGCCUCCAACGCAGAAUCAAGUCUCGAUGUCCGUACAGAUUCCACACCAGCUCGGGGAUGAAGGGCCUGCGUUACGGAAGCCCGGAGCCAUGAACGAACCAUUCUAUUUACUAAGAGAAAUACCCGUGGGAAAUGAGCUGACGGGAAACACCAACCUGAUCACCCACUACAGCUUGGAGCAUGCUUACAACAAGUUCUGUGGCAAGAAAGUCAAGGAGAAACUCAGCAGCUUUCUACCAGAGCUACCAGGGAUGAUUGACAGCCCGGGGUCCCAGGACGGCAGUGCCCUGCGCUCGUUGAUAGAGAAGCCGCCGGUGUGUGGGAACUCCUUCAGCCCGCUGACCGGAGCCCUGCUGACCGGCUUCAGGCUGCACACCGGCCCGCUGCCAGAACCGGACAGACUGAUGCACAUCCAGCCCCCCAAGAAGAAGAGCAAACACAAACACCGCCACCACAGACCUCAGGACCCCAUUCCCCCAGAGACCCCAUCUGAUUCAGACCACAAGAAGAAGAAGAAAAAGAAGGAUGAUGAUCCUGACCGCAAGAAGAAGAAAAAGGACAAGAAAAAGAAAAAGAAUCGCCACAGCCCUGAUCACCCUGGUCUGACUGGAUCCCAGCCCAACAGCAGCAACAGCCUCAGAUAGACUGAGAGAGAGAGAGUGAGCGUGAGAGGGAGCAAUAGAGAGGGAACGAGCGUGAGAGAGGGAGAGCGAGCAUGAGAGAGUGUGUGAGUGAGAGACUUGCAUCAAACAGUCCUGGGUUCAUUACGUAUGUGAAAUACUUCCUGUUCAGAUGCUGGCAAAGGUUUAAAACACCUGCGCGUCUGUAAGCAUUUUCAUCAAAUCAUGUUGCUAAAACGUGCGUGCAUAUGUAAGAAGAAUUUUGCUCUGAAUAUUCGUGGUAAUAAUUUAUUUUCCUCAGUAGAAGGGAGAGUUUUAUUGGUGUCUGAAGUAUUUCAUGUGAUGAUUUGACUCAGGUCUGACAUGGAGCAGGUGGGGAGACUGACACACACUCUCCUGUUGUUCAUAAAAGCAUAAAAAGACUUCCUUUUAAUCUACUCAGAAAAAGCGAGAGCACGCAGAAGCUUUGAGUUGUAGAAGACCCUGUGCCAUCACAUUACUUUGACUUAUGAAGUGCGCAUUAAGCUACAAGAUACAUAUUUAUGUGUUUUUUUCUAAUUCUACAUUUUUCAAAAUGCUUUUGAUAUGUCGUUCCUAAAAAGGGGAGCUGAAGGUGUGUCAUGGCCUCUCUGUCAUUUAUGGACAUUCGCUUCCGGUCGGCAGCCCGAUAAAUGUUUCAUUAAAAUAUAAUUUACUAUACUGUUUACAUACGUGUUUUGAUUUUGACCAUACAACCUAAACAAAAUUCUCCUUUACUGAGCAGCAUAAGAAUUUGGUAAUUUGGUCACUUUCAGGAUUAAACAGAAAACACAUUUAAAAUCUCAUUUUAACAGAAUACGUGUAAUGUUGUAGUAUUUGUUUUCUUUGGUUCUUUAUAUAUAUGCACCUAGUAAACAUGAUGACUUUGAUUGUACAGGGUCUUUAAAUGACUUGAUGGGGUGUGUGGUUGAUGAGCUGUGCUGGUUUGUCAUUGGUGGAUUUGGGAGGAAGUGGGAGGAGCAUUGGAGCGACUGCGUACGCACUGGACUGUCACAAUAAACUUUUGUUACCUGUUUAA